AUGGUGUUCCAGGGUUGGUAUGGCGGAACGAUCUGCAUUGGCGACACCUGCGUUUGCGGCAACGGCUGGACUGGAGAAUUCUGUGAGAAGGUGGCAAAGGCGACGAAUGUGAAUGUAACGCUCAACAGUCCAGAUUCUUUCACGAUCAAGUGGGAAUCUCCAGCGCCAGAAGUAAAUACUGGAGCAGAAAUCAACUGCGUUCCUGAUUCUGAAGGAUCGAUUACAGUGUAUAAAACAGUUGGGCCGAAUCAAACCGCGAUUACGAUUAAUGAUCUGGAAGAGGGUACCACUUAUACGAUCAACUUCAUCACGACAGGGAUCCAGCCUCCACGGAACAUCAAAGCGACGCAAAUUUUCUCCGACAAAGUCUCGAUCAGAUGGGAGUCUCCUGAAGGCAAAGUCGACAAGUUCAAGCUCAUCUGCUCCUGCUCCGGUGGCGGAUCUGAAUACGAGUUUAAAAACGACUACUUUACGCAUAAAAUGACGAAUCUCGCUCCUGACACAGAAUACAACAUCACAAUGUGGUCCGAAACCAACAACGGGAAGCAAUCGCGGAGGGAGACGCUCAGAUUCAAGACGCUAAAGCAAACCUCGAAGCUAAACACGCGAUCAUACGUGCCACACCAAGCGCAAGCCCAAGUUGUGGCCGACUUGUGCGUUGACAUAACAAAUAACGGCUCAUUUCCCAGCUCAGGCACAAAUGAAAACGAAGAGUCAAACAGAUUGUAUCCCAAGUGUAUUUUUCAUCAAAACAUUUCCGACAUUCCUCCACCCAGCGGUGUAGAAGUCAAACAAGAAAAAUACUCGACAAUCAGCGUAACUUGGCGAAAAGAAGCACUUGCACAAGGCUACUACAUCGAGGUGUUUUCCGGGAAUGAACAAGUCGCCGAGUAUCGAAUCAACCACAACGAACUCUUUAUCAAUGCAUCUCUUUUCAACUUGCACGAUGAUCACGUGUUUAAAAUCUAUUCCAUCGACCAGUUCUCCAAGCGAUCGAGUCCGACGAUCAAGACUAUGCGAACCCUUCCUCUGGCGCCGAAGAAUUUGAAAAUUGUCAAGGUAACCCAUGAAUCUGUAUCAGCAACGUGGCAAAAACAAGGAAGCGAGACCGAUGGGCUUUACCGCGUCGUUCUAGAGGAUCUUUCAACUCAGACGCCUCUGCAAUUCAAUCAGCUCGAGAAUGAAAUCAAAAUCGCAAAACUCCGCCCUGCCAACGAAUACCUCUUCUCUGUCUUUACGGUCUCUGCUGACGAAGAAUCCCUAUCCCUCCCCUCUCAAGCUAUUUUCAUGACUUCGAACGACCCGCCAGUCGACUUUGCCGCGUUGAAAGUGACUUCUACGUCCGCCCUUUUAACUUGGACUCCACCUAUCGCCGCCACUUCCGCCUAUCACAUAAUCGUAACCAACGACGGCGGAAACAUCGUCCUCAAAAAAGACAUCCCAGCAAAAGACACUGCGUCCUACCAACUCGAGGGCCUCUCCGAAGGGACCGAGUUCACCGUCUCGCUAAAAUCCAUCCCCUUGGAAAAUCGCGGUCUCGCUCCACCAAGCGAAGUCUCGAUAAAAUUCCAGACGACGUUUCCAGCACCUGAAUCGUAUAGCCUCAGCCCUGGCGUGGAAGAUUUGAAGAUAACAUUCACUCAGUCGCAUUCUGAUGAGGUCACUUUUAAGCUCAUUGAAAUGAUUCCAGCAAGUAUACUCGACCAAACAAGAAGAAACACAAAAUCAUCAUCAUUCUCUUCCUCCGACAUUGAUUACAUAAUAGCGCUGGAAAACUUGCAUCCAAAAUAUUACCGAAUGAACAAUGAGAAAAUCGUGCAUGUAAUGGCUCUGAAACCAGAAACAGAGUACAUGGCCGAGUUGAAAUACGCGCGAGGGGCGAUUGAGGGAAAGCCGGAAUAUUUCAAAUUCAAAACCAAGAGUGAACAGAAUAACUUGGAGAUUACGUUUCUCGACGUGAAAUCGGAUAGCGCACUGAUUAUCUGGGAUAUCGACGAAGUAGAUGAGGUGGAUUCAUUUGUGCUUACCUACGGAGCGGAAGAUAUUGAAAUUCCAGCUGUACCGGAAGAUGUCUUAAUCCCGGAACAACACCUGAUCCGCAUCGUACUCGAGGCAGAAGACACAACCUAUACUCUGCGAGACCUAGAAGAGGACACUCGUUAUCACGUCGUUUUGGAAGGUCAUCUGCGGGGAGAACUGGUCAUUCAGGAAAAACGCAGUUUCUCAACGAAAAUCUCUGCGCCUGAGAAUAUUCAAAUGGUCUUCAAAUCUUCCACUGAAGCGACGAUAACUUGGGAAGACAAGGGUUCUUAUUCAUUAUCAACCAUCGAUAAACAGUACAAAGUCGAGUACGCCUCGGCCACUCGAAUAUCCCCCGAGAAUCUGGUGCCUGGCGAGUCAUCACUCGAUUGGAACAGCCUUACCGUAUCCAAAAAUAGCGUCAGUCUAAAGAAUCUCGAGCCUCUGACGAAAUACAGAAUUCGAGUGGCGGCCCUUGGCAAAGCCGGCCAGGUUCACUCUGCUUUCCGUGAGAUCGAAAUAAUGACCGACCCAGCGCCGGUGCAGGGGCUCAAACUUUACCGCGCCGGAAUUCGGUGGUUGAAAUUCGUCUGGGAUGCGCCAGAAGAAAAUGUUGAUGGCUACGAGGUCACAUUGCUUGACGAAAUUGGCUUUGAUCAAGUGAAACAAUCAAAAAUUGUCAAAACAACGAGCUGGCGAUUCGAAGGUUUAGACGCGUCAACCUGGUAUCGAGUCCAAGUAAAAGCUCUUUCCGGUCCGCUGAAAUCCCUUCCGCGCGUGAUUCUUGGCCAUACAGAGCUACACGAGCCCCGAGCGGUCAGAAUCACCGAGAUAAAAGAAUCCUCCGCCAAGGUCCUUUGGGAGCCCGUGGACCAAGAAACCUCAGGACGAGUAACACUGUCCUCCGAAAAUUCACCGGAGAAAGUCAUUUCCGUUGGUGCCGGUCAGAAUAUUCAAGAGCUACUGUACUUAGCUCCCAAUACAGAAUACAACGUUAAGGUUCAACUAAAAAAGAACCGAAUACUAUCAGAAGUGGCGGAGAUUGAAUUUCGAACCGAAAUGCCAGAGCAGAUUCCAAUUUUGAAGCUCGUUCAGGCAACGUUGGGUUGGGAAGAAAACGAAACGGGCAGUUAUCGACUCUCGUGGAGGAAGCUGAGUGAAGACACUUUUGCGUCGAAACAAGUCGAGGGCGGAACCGGACGUAUUUUCAACUUAUCGCCAGGAGAAGAUUACCUCGCGAAGCUCGAAACAGCAGGAACAGAAAACUCCUCAGUACUCCAAUUCAGAACUUUGGAAAAACUUCUUCCCGUCAAAAAUUUUAAAGUGGAAAAAGUCGGGACCAACACUGCUACAGUCAGCUGGGAACGCAACGGCGUCAUGCCGGAUAAAUACGUUCUUGUCCAGCGAAAUGAAUAUUCGGAAAGUAAAAUAAUUAUUGAAGGCGAUCAAAGUCCUGAAGAAAAGAAGGUAGUAACUAAGCUUAAACAUCUCUUCUAUGGGCUAAAAUAUCAACUGACGCUUUACAGCGCGAAGGAAAAACAAAGGUCAGAAUCGGUCAAGAUAGAGUUUGAAACUUGGCCGAAGCUCAAGGACCCGACGAACUUGACGAUAAACUACACCACUCCCGCGGGCGGGUUGCUAUCUUGGUCAAUGGCAAGAGCAGAUAUAUUGGAUGGCUAUCUUUUGACCGUGUUCAACAAGAGCUCGCAAGAACGCUCACCAGUCGCGGUCUUGAACAUUUCGAAAAAUGCCACAGAAUAUUUGUUCGACGAUUUGCUCCAUUCCUCAAAGUAUAAAAUUGUUCUCCAAGCGAUUCGGGGGGAUGAGAGCUCCAAGAAGACAGAGGCCAUUUUCAGAACUUCAACCGAAUUGAAACCUAUUUCAAAAUGCAGCGCUUCAAACAUAAAUGAAAAGUUUGCGGAAGUUAACUACUCGUACGACUCAAUGGAAAAACAACCAAAUGUCUUCAUGAAAUACACAAUAUCCGGAACAAGACUUGCUCGAACCGUCAUCACAAAAUCCUCCAACACAACCGGAACCUUCGAACUCUCCAAUCUCCAGCCAAGCACUGACUACAUCGUUGAAGUUCGUACACAGUUUCCACACUAUGCCUCGCCUCCUUGUAUUGUCAACUUUCGUUCGUUUUCAAAGCUGUCGCCGCCUUAUCAACUCGAAGUGAGCAACUUGACAAACAGCUCCUUCCACCUCGAGUGGUCUUCUUUAGCAGAUCACGUGGACAACUUCCACAUCGAAAUACUCAACACAGCGUCUUCCAGGAUCAUCCUCAACCGCGCAAUUUCCGCGAAGCAGGACAGGAUUGACGUGGCAGGCCUGUACCCCGCAACGAAAUAUUCAAUGGAACUCUGGUCUGUCAGACAAAACAAAAAGUCAAAACGAGCUCAAGUAUCAACGACAACGAAAACUAACCCACCGCAGAUCAUUUACCGCUCAUCAACAGAGGAAGACGUGACCGUAACAGUAGUCAAACCGCGAUUUAACAUCAACAAUUACAUUGUGACCUUGAUGAAGGACAACGGCAAUGACAAAGAAAACGCGGUUAUAAGAAGAAUAACAGUUUCGCCAGGAGACGACUCAGCACGAAGAAUAAAGCUCAGGCAGCUCAAACCUUCAACAGAUUACAUCAUCGAAAUCUCAUCAGUUCUCGACUCACAAAAAUCAGAGCCUUGCAGCGUUUCUUUCAGAACUGCUCCUGGCUCUCCCAAGGACUUAAGAGCCGAAGAAGUAACAGAUGAGUCCGCGAAAAUACUCUGGACCCCUGUGGACGAAAAUAUCGCCGAUACAAUCCAAAUCGAAGUUCGCAAACUCGAGUACGGCCAAUGGAAAUUCCACGAUCCAGGGUUUUUCACGCUCAACUCUUCACGCAAAUUCGUCACUUUACCACAACUUGAAGCAGGAGCGCCUUAUCAAGUCAAAGCAAAAUUCAUCAACGAAGAAACGAGUGAAAGUGCGUUUUCAACAAUCGAGUUUCGGGCAAAAAUUGAUGGACCAAAGAAUGUAGAAGUUUUGCUUGUUGAACGGUACUCUGCUCAAAUGCGUUGGGCGGAGCCGAUUAUGUUACCGGCGAUUGUGAAUAUCAAAAUGGUGCUGCUGGAGACAGAAUCGGGAAAAAUCGUCAAAGAUUACUCUCUUCCUCCGAAAACGAGAAGUUUCAGCUUUGAUGAGCUCCAACAAGGGACAGAGUAUACAGUCACUUUGCAGAGCAUUGGAAAAGGGGAUGAAAGGAGCACAAUAAAGAAAUACAACUUUAAGACGAAAAUUUACAACCAUAGAAGGCCCGAAACUUGCGUAGAAGUCCUCCAAAACGGCUUCGACCAAGAUGGUGUGUACACAAUCUUUAUCGGCUCUCAUGGAACACUCGAAGCGCCAGCGUAUUGUCGUCAGAAAAUCGCUGGCGGCGGCUGGCAAGUUAUUCAGCAGCGCUCGCUCCAGACGCCGUAUAUUCAGCCACUUAUGAAAGAUUAUGUCGAGGGCUUUGGAAGAGCAGAUAGCGACUUUUGGAUUGGCCUAGAUACAAUGUCGAUUUUGACCGAAAAACCGAAAGAACUGCUCAUUUAUAUUCGCGACAUCUAUGGAGCAGAGCAAGUUGCGCGCUAUUCUAGCGUCAAAGUCGCAUCAAAAGAAGAUGAUUACGUUAUCCAAAUCGGUAAAAAAAUAGAUGGAGACAUAGAAGACGACUGGACGAUGACGAAUGGAAGACCGUUUGGAAAUUUCGAUCAUAACAGGCCACUCAGUUGCAUCGAUCCUCUUGCUUAUGGAUGGUGGCACCUGCCUUCCUGUCAAAAUCCUAACUUCAACAUCUUCAUGGGGCGCCAGAGACCAAUCGUCCGGCGAAUAAACCCCGACGGAGUUAUAGAAGACGUUGCCGUGGCAGAAGCCGCGAUGAUGAUUCGUCCACCGCAAAUUACUCAAAGCUAG